CUUGUACAGAUUGGUGCUGUGAUGAUCAACCAUGUUGGUGGUGGCAUAUGUAUCCCUUUGUGUGCUCUCAUCGAUGUGUCUGGCUGCCUAUCUCAAGUUAAGGAUUACGAAAGAAGGAUCGUCUAACAACCCAACAUUCCGAUCUUUUCAGCACAAGUUCAUCCCUGUCUAUCUUCUUGUUGUGUGGGGGGACUGGCUGCAAGGUCCGUACCUGUAUGCACUGUAUCGCUACCAUGGAUUUGUUGGGACACAAGUCGCAGUGAUCUAUGCCUGUGGUAUUGUUUCAAGUGCUAUUUUCAUGGCUGCCAAGGACAUCAUAUCCGAUAAGCUAGGUCGCAGAGCAACUGUUGUUCUAUUCUGUGUGGUUUACUCACUCUCUUGUUUGCUGAUACUCAUCCCCAAUUAUGGUGUGCUAUUAAUUGGGAGGUGUGUAGCUGGACUGAGCAACUCGAUCCUUUUCUCAACCAUGGAAACCUGGUAUGUACACGAGCAUAUAAACAAGUAUGACUUUCCAAAGGAAUGGGUGCCAAUCACUUUUAGCCAUGUUGCUUUCGGAAGCAGUAUUGUUGCUGUGGCUGCUGGUGUUGUGGCAGAUGCAUUUGCACGAUGGCUCUCUUUGGGACCACUUGCACCAUUCAUUUUGGCUAUACCAGCACUUCUGAGCUCAAUUCCAGCCUUGUUGUUUGUGUGGACUGAGAAUUAUGGAGAGGAAAGAAAGUUCUCCUUCAAUAAGGAGCGAAAAUCAUGUCUGGAAGGAUUGAAAACGAUUGUUCAGAACGUUGAUUUGUUUUUAGUAGGAGCUAUUCAGAGCCUGUUUGAAAGUGUUGUGUUCGUGUUUGUGUUUAUAUGGACUCCUUCGCUGGAUGUUUUUCACGACGUUCCUCUAGGAAUUAUAUUUGCAUCGUUCAUGGUUUGUAAUAUGCUUGGAAGCAUCACAUGUGACUACUUAAUCUCUAAAGUGGGUUACUCAAUGACUAGAGUGCUUGUUGUACUGAAUGCAUCUGCUUCAAUCAUUUUUAUCAUAGCUGCUCAGUUUGCAAGGGACACUAAUAGUCUAUUUUAUCGCAUCAAAAUGCUCCUUUGCUUGCAAUCUUUUGAGCUGAUAUGUGGAUUUUAUUUUCCCAUCAUGCGGGUUCUAAGAGAGAAGUUUCUACCAGCUGAACACAAGCUCAGUGUGACUAACUGGUUCAGAGUGCCACUAACCAUUUUCUCAUCUAUUGCACUGCUAAACUUUCAUGAUACGUCGCAUGGUAUUCCACAACUUUUUGUGUUUUGUGCAGUGAUGAUGAGUUUGGCUUUCAUGGCCUCAUUGCGUUUUGCUAGAGGUAGUACAAACAAUAACACUGCCGGUAUAGUCAGUUAGUUACUUUUUAUUUGGGUACGAAUAUGUCCUUGUAAUCGAUAUACAUGUCACUAUACACUGCAUGAUGAGUCUGUAUAGAGAUUACUUAUUGUCUUGCAUAUAAUUUAUGUAGAAGAUGUUAUAGUUAUAAGAUUUGCAUCACAUCCAUUCA